GACAAAUUCCAGUUCGGAUGGAUUUUUGUUUUAGGCACACAUUUAUCGAGAGCGUGUUGUUGAAGGUUGGUUUGCAAGAUGAAUUUUUAAUUGCCUGAAAGUUAUAGAAACUUUGUCGUAACGUUGAAAGUUUUUAGGUACUGAGUCACGUUUCUUUUUUUUCUUACUUACUUUAGAGGGUUUACGUGUAUUACGCAUUUUACUCCGAUUUAAUCCGAUAAGUCGCUUAUCGAUUAUUCCCCGCGUGAAAUUGGAAGUUCUUAGUCUCCGUUCAGCGAGGUUUAUAGUAAUACAGCGAAAUGGCAAGUCCCGAGAUCAAUCCGGCAUGUUUACCCCCGCAAAUCGAUUAUUUUGCAAGUCGUGAAGGCGCUUGGGAAACUGCAGUCAGCAAGAUUGACAAACUUUUGGAUCCCAAGACAGACACUGACACCAUGGGUGUCUGGCUGCUGACCCAGAUUGACCAUUGGGACCACGAAAUGGAGAAGAUCAUUGUGGUGACCAACUACUCAUUGUACAUCAUCAAGUUCAACUUCAUUUCCCUGCAAGUCGUCAGUCAUCAGCGAAUCCCAUUGUCUCUGGUCAAGCGGGUCACAAUCGGGGAUUUGAGCUACCCUUGUCGCAGUGUUUCCCCCCCGAGAUGCGUUCAAGGCAUCAAGCUGGAGUGGGAAACCGAAUGCCCCGUGAAAAACUCUCAAAUGUGGAACCCGUGGUCUGAAAUGCCGGAAGUGCUGCUCAUGUCGCAUCCCUUGCUUCUCUACCCGCCACCGGAAGUCGAGGACUUUGAAGGGGAAGGACCCCCACCGGAACUGGAGUACCUCGCGAAGUUGCAGCACCUAAAACGCGUUUUCCAAAACGUUCGGGACCUUCGACGCGGCCUAGCGCUCCUGUUUCACGCUGACACGUUUUCGGGGUUAUCUCAUUGGGAUCAUGAGUGGGAGAGAUGCGUGGUGCUAAGUGAGGACUACCUUUACUUGGCCCAGUAUGACUUCACUAACAGAAGUGUAAAGUGCCUGAGAAAAACUAUCAAGCUUAGCAAUGUCAAGGACAUCACUAUUGGAACCAUGUGCUAUCCUGAGUUCACUCUUUCUCCGAGACGGUGUAAUUUAGGCAUCAGAAUCAAUUGGGGCGACAAGUGCGACCCCUGUGCCAAAGUUUACUGGAACCCAGCGUCGGAAAAAGUCCCAUAUGUUGUCCUGAUGUCGCAUCCUUUGAGUCUGUACAGA